AUGUCGUUUUCUCAGUCUGAAAGCCUAUCCAUUUCUCUCCCCUCCUCCACAGCUUCGCUUUCAGUCUCCACAGCUACCACUACAUCGGUCCCAUCAGUAGGGGCAAUAAGAAAACCGAAAGAGGAAAACGUUUCAAUCACUCUUAUGGCAAUGUACCAUCAUAAUGGUAGAUGGGAAGCAAGAAUAGGAAGAGUUUUUGGAAACAAGUACCUCUACCUUGGCACUUACAGCACCCAAGAGGAAGCAGCUCGUGCCUAUGACAUUGCAGCAAUUGAGUACAGAGGGAUCAAUGCUGUGACUAACUCUGACUUGGGUUCUUACAUAAGAUGGCUAAAGCCAAGAGCAGACGAUCCAAUAGCCACUCAAGAACCAGAGACAGUCGCAGAGCCUCAGAAUAUGCCACUCAUGGCCAACAGCUACAUCCCAACAGAGGAGUCUUUCUCACACACAAAUCCUUUUGCCUCUGAUUACUUGAACUCCUCUCCCCCCCCCCGAAAACAAGAAGUCAUCGGUAGCAGCAUCCCUCUUAACAGCGGUAGCAAGUCAUCGUCUCCCACCGCACUUGGCUUCGUCCUUCAAUCAUCAAUAUUCAGAGAGUUGGUUCAGAAGAACUCAAACUUCUCGGAGGAUGAGAGUACUGACGGAGAAGAAACAAAGGACCAGCCACAGGUUGGUCUUGGUAAUGAUGAUGAGUUUGGUGGAAUUUUCUAUGAUGGAAUCGGCGACAACCCGUUUGCUUGCUCUUCCAAUUCUGAUGGAGAUAACAACCCAUGGAGCAGCAUUACAAGCACCAUUUUGCUCAAUCAACCAACAAAAGCAAAUGCCUCAGACUCUCUAUUUUUCUUUUCUUAG